AUAUAAUCCACUGGUUUUUAGAUUCCACUUACUCUAUGGGGGCUUAAAUAGUUGACCCCAUCCCUUUCAGAUAGAUGCAACUCUUGUUUUGGAAGGCUAAUUUUUUUUCAAAUUAUCCCCGGUAGUGUAGGUGAAAGCCACGAUCAUUAUCCUGCAAAUAUGUACUUAACUUUAGAAACACUGAAGCCAAAGGGAAUACUUAAUACUGCAUAAGUAUUUGCAGAACCAGGGCCUGAGUUUGUGGAUUCUUUCUGCCCUUGUGGUUUUUACCGUAAGCACCUUGAGUUUAACUUUGUUACAAGAAAAAAUACAAAUGAAAUAUUGGUAAUUAGAGGGCCUGACAUAAUUUUCUCCCAUUGGUCAUCACCCUAGUAUCACAUGUUCAGAAAAUCUUUAAAAAUAAGCUGUUGGGGAGGGGUGUAUUAUGAUGUAUUGCUUGUUGGUUUCCUGCUGAAAGUUUGGGGUUUUUCCCCCCACCUAAGGAUCAUUGUCUAGUAAAUCCAUACAGAAUGUGUGAUCAGUUCUUAGGAACCUGGAAACUUGUCUCCAGUGAAAAAUCUGAAGAUUAUAUGAAAGAAUUAGGAGUGGGCUUUGCCAUGAGGAAACUGGGCAGCCUGGCAAAGCCUACUGUGAUCAUCAGUGCUGAUGACGAUAUGCUAACAAUCAAAACAGAGAGCCCUGUUAAAAAUACAGAGAUCUCCUUCAAGCUGGGCCAAGAGUUUGAGGAAACCACAACAGAUAACAGGAAAACUAAAAGUGUUGUAACCUUGGACAAUGGUUCAAUGAUUCAUGUGCAGAAAUGGGAUGACAAAGAGAUCACAAUAAAGAGAGAGGUGGUGGAUGGGAAUAUGGUCGUGGAAUGUACCAUGAAGUAUGCCAUCUGCACUAGAGUCUAUGAGAAAGCAUGAGGAAACUAUCGGCAGUUAUCUGCAACCUGCUGCUGGGAACUGCCUCAGUUCCCCAGGAUAAAGGCUACUGUCUUUUUCCUUCUGUUUGUUUGUAAAAGUUUUGAAUAGUCAUGUGCCUGCAAUGUACCAUACUUCAGCUUAGUUGCUACUUGUUUGAACUGUGGCUAGUGAAUAAAAUAGUUCCAGGCUAA